AUGCCAAAGUUUUAUUGCGAGUACUGCGACAUUUACCUCACGCACUCCUCCCCUGCGGGACGGAGGCAGCACGCGAGUGGUCGCCGGCACAUUAACCAGAAGGUGGAAUACUUCCAGAAUCUUCUCAGGGAGGGAAACUUUCAGGCACCCGCAUUCAUUGACCAGGCUGUUGCCAUUCGUGCGAUUCAAAUUGUAGCUAACACGCCACCAGGUGAGUUUGCCACAAGCCACAUGGGCAACUGCACCAAGGUUCGGGAGCAGAGAAGAGGAGCACCCCGAAGGGAUGGGGCCCCAACUCGCGGAGGCUACGAUGGAGAGGAUAGGGGCCCCCCGCGAUUCCCCCCGGGGGGCCCCAUGGGCCCUAUGGGAGGCAUGGGGGGGGCCCCCCGCAUGGGGGGGCCCCCGCUACCCAUGCGGCCUCCCAUGGGAAUGCCCAUGGGAGGGCCUCCUAUGGGAAUGCCCAUGGGAGGGCCUCCGUAUGGGGGCCCCCCCCCUUUCCUAGGGGGUCGAUAA